UAGUUUCGGGACAUCCCCAAAUAUGAAACUAGUCCAUUUAAAAUCUGAUACACGCAUGUUGGUUUUGUAAAGUGGGUCAUUUGGUUGGUUAAGUGGAUUUCAAAACCAGCAAGCGUGCUAGAGGAAGUAUAUACACAUUCUACAUAAGAAAAUCAUGGGGUCAAAACGUAACUUUCUUGCUAUUUUGAGCGUUUCGAACAAACAUGGCCUAGAAAACUUUGCGAAAAGAUUGCAAAAUUUGGGAAUUGAUUUGAUUGCUUCUGGUGGAACUGCAAAAAAGAUUAGAGAUGCUGGAAUUGAAGUUAGGGAUGUGAGUAGUGUAACAGGAGCGGCAGAGAUGUUAGGUGGAAGAGUGAAGACCCUUCAUCCAGCUGUGCAUGCAGGGAUACUCGCAACUCAAUCUCCAUCUGAUAUUGCUGACAUGGAAAAGCAUGACUUCAAAAAUAUUAAGUUGGUCAUUUGUAACCUUUAUCCAUUUGUAAACACUGUGAAUAAGCCAGGUAUCCAGAUGGCAGAGGCAGUGGAACAGAUAGAUAUUGGUGGUGUUACUUUACUGCGUUCUGCUGCAAAGAACCAUGCUCAUGUCACCGUGGUUUGCGAUCCAUCUGAUUAUGACAAUGUAGCUUCUGAGCUUGAAGCAUCAAGUGAUUGCGACACCAAACCAGAAACCAAGCAGAAGUUAGCUUUAAAGGCAUUCAGCCUCACUGCUGAAUAUGAUGCAGCAAUAUCCAGUUAUAUGAGAGGGGAGUAUGGUGACAAGCAGCAGUUGCCACUAAGAUAUGGGAUGAACCCCCAUCAGAAACCAGCCAAAGUCUACAUUAACAACAAAAAUCUACCAUUUCAAGUAUUGAAUGGUUCACCUGGUUUCAUUAAUCUGUGUGAUGCCUUAAAUUCAUGGCAACUUGUGCGAGAAUUAAAAUCAUCUCUUCAACUACCAGCAGCUGCUUCGUUUAAACAUGUCAGUCCUGCAGGUGCUGCUGUUGGAAACUUUAUGAGUGAGGCGCACGCUAAACUGUGCAUGGUAUAUGAUCUUUAUGAACAACUGACUCCUUUGGCUAUCGCAUACGCAAAAGCAAGAGGGGCAGACAGAAUGUCUUCUUUUGGUGAUUUUAUUGCAUUAUCUGACCCAUGUGAUGUCAUUACUGCUCGUAUCAUUGCAAGAGAGGUUUCUGAUGGUAUAAUUGCACCUGGCUUUGACAAAGAAGCUUUGGCAAUUCUUGGUAAGAAAAAAGGUGGAAAAUAUUGCAUACUGCAAAUGGAUCCAGAUUAUGAGGCUCCGGAUUUAGAAACAAGGAUGAUAUUCGGAGUUACUUUGGAACAGAAGCGUAACUCACUUCUGUUUGAUGAAAGCAUGCUACAAAACAUUGUGACGCAAAGGAAAACUGUUCCUGAAGCAGCAACACAAGACAUGGUAGUUGCAAGUAUUGCAUUGAAAUAUACACAAUCCAACUCUGUGUGUUUUGCUAAGGAUGGUCAGGUUAUAGGUAUUGGAGCUGGUCAGCAGUCUCGUAUUCACUGCACUAGAUUAGCUGGUGAUAAGGCAAACAACUGGUGGCUACGUCAGCACCCAUCAGUGUUGGGUAUGAAGUUCAAGAAAGGGGUAAAACGAGCGGAAAUGUCAAAUAUUAUUGAUGUUUUUGUGAACGGGACAGUGGGACAGGACAUGGAUGAGACAACAUGGAAAAAUUCACUAGAAAACCCCCCAACGUUGUUGACAGCAGCACAGCGAAAGGAGUGGAUUGAAAAAUUAAAAGGUGUUUCAUUAAGCUCUGAUGCAUUCUUCCCUUUCCGUGAUAACAUUGACAGGGCACAGCAGAGCGGUGUUGAAUAUGUAGUUAGUCCAUCUGGCUCCACACAAGAUAAUGCAGUUGUUGCAGCAUGUAAUGAACAUGACAUGGUUAUGAUACACACCAACGUUCGACUUUUUCAUCAUUAACAGUUUUCAAAACUGCCAAGAGAUGCCUGAAGUUAAAAUAGGAUGAAAUCCUUCAUUAAUUUUUCGACGUUGGUUAAGUGGCUUGAAAAUGUCCAAUGAUGUGUUUUGUAUACCAUCGUGCCGUACUACAAAAACAUGCAAUUUCUUCAACCAAUUUGUCUAAAAGACAAUAAUAUUGUUAAUGUUUUGUUUUCACUGCCAUAACAUGCUUUCAUUUUUAUUGUGACGUUGGAAUUCUUCCAACGGAAGGGAUCUAAGGACCUCCCAAGUUUGGCAGUUUUUUUUCAGCAAGGCUGAAGAAGUAGUAGUACAUGAAUACGUACUCCGGUUUCAUGAUACGGAUAAACCAUAUUUUUACCGUUGUACCGUAAAAAAAUAGCUUGGACCAGG